AUGCCCUCGACGAGGCGGCUCGUCCUGCUGCUCGUCGCGCUCAUCGGCUUCUGGGUGAUCGUCGCCUACCAUUUCCUGAGGAGCGGCGAAGAAGAUCCGACCUACAAUGCCGAGGUUGACGAGCUGCUCGCGAAAAUCCACGAUCUGGAGCGGCAGCUCGACAUCGAAAACGUGGCGAUCAAACGCUUACAAGCCGAAGUGGAGGCUAAUUCCAAACUGAUCAGGGCGAACCGAGUGAACUUGGAAGGGCAGGAGCCACAUGGGCCCUGGAAGGAGCCGAUUCCGAUCCUGGUAUUCUCCUGCAACCGCAAGGAUGCUGUGAGAGCCCACGUCGAUCGUCUCAUCUCGCUCCGCCCAUCGGCUGAACGCUUCCCGAUCAUUGUUUCUCAAGAUUGUGAUGACGAAGCAACCGCCCAAGCAAUUAAAAGUUUCGGGGAUAAGGUCACCUACGUCAAACACAUCGCCGGAGACAAAGCCAACCUGACGAUCCCCAACGAGCACAAACGCUGGACGACCUAUUAUCGAAUUGCCAGGCACUACAAACUCGCUCUCCAUCACACGUUCCGUAACUUGGGCUACAGCACCGUAGUGAUUACGGAAGACGACCUCGACGUGGCUCCGGAUUUCUUCGAAUAUUUCUCGGCGACAAGGUAUCUUCUCGAUGCUGACCCCACCCUAUACUGUGUUUCGGCGUGGAAUGACAACGGCAAGAAGCAUUUGAUCAACGAGAAUGCUCCUGAGCUACUGUAUCGCUCCGAUUUCUUCCCCGGGCUUGGGUGGAUGAUGAGCAAAAAGCUUUGGGAUGAGUUCGAACCGCGUUGGCCCCAAGGCUUCUGGGAUGACUGGAUACGCGAGCCGGAGAAUCGAAAGAACCGAUCUUGUAUUCGGCCAGAGAUCAGCCGCACAGCCAUGUCGGCCUACGGCCAAAAGGGAGCCUCGGAAGGCCUGUUCUUUACAAAACAUUUGGCGAGGGUUGUGCUGAAUCACAAGUCCGUCGAAUUCACGAAGCUGAACCUCGACUACCUGCAGAAGAACAACUACGACAGCCUCUUCAUCAAGACAGUCUACACCCAGGCAGAGCCGAUCCGCAUCGACGAGAUGCUGGGCGUGCCGAAGAGCGGCUCGGUAAGGAUCACCUACGACGCCAACCUGGACUACAUCAAGAAGGCCGACAAGCUGCAGAUUAUGCACGAUUUUAAGGCUGGCGUCCCUCGCACGGCCUACCAAGGGGUCGUCACCGCGUUCCUCAACGGUCUCCGCGUCUACCUCGUCCCCGACCCGGCGAAGGUGUCCGGCUACAACAAGAAAUGGGAGGUGCCCGCAGGGAUCGAC